GUCCUCAUAUAUAAAUUUCAACAAAUUAACAUGGGCUACUUGAGAUCUUUUAUUUUCUCCCUUCUUGCUUUUGUGACUUACACUUAUGCUGCCACUAUCGAGGUACGCAAUAACUGUCCAUACACCGUGUGGGCAGCAUCGACCCCAAUAGGCGGUGGUCGACGUCUCAAUAAGGGCCAAACAUGGGUCAUUAAUGCUCCAAGGGGAACUAAGAUGGCACGUAUAUGGGGUCGUACUGGUUGUAACUUCAAUGCUGCAGGAAGGGGUUCGUGUCAGACUGGUGAUUGUGGUGGAGUCUUGCAGUGUACCGGGUGGGGUAAGCCCCCAAACACCUUGGCUGAAUAUGCCUUGGAUCAGUUUAACAACCUAGAUUUCUGGGAUAUUUCUCUAGUUGACGGAUUCAAUAUUCCGAUGACUUUUGCCCCUACCAAACCUAGUGCUGGGAAAUGUCAUGCAAUUCAUUGCACGGCCAAUAUAAAUGGUGAAUGUCCUCGCGCCCUUAAGGUACCUGGAGGAUGUAACAAUCCUUGUACCACGUUUGGAGGACAGCAAUAUUGCUGCACCCAAGGUCCAUGUGGUCCUACAGAGUUGUCCAAAUUUUUCAAGAAAAGAUGCCCCGAUGCUUAUAGCUACCCACAAGAUGAUCCUACUAGCACAUUUACUUGUCCUGGAGGUAGUACAAACUAUAGGGUUGUCUUUUGUCCUAAUGGUGUUGCUGAUCCAAAUUUCCCCUUGGAGAUGCCUGCAAGUACUGAUGAAGUGGCCAAGUAAAUUUGAGUCUCUUUCUUUAAAAUUACUUCAAAUGGUCGAGUGAUCUCUCGUGUAAUGAAAAAUCUUAAUUGCCCAAUUAGUUAACUAUUUGAACUUUUACUUUAUUGGUGAGAGUUUGUAAUAGACUUAAGACCUAAAUAAGAGUUACAUCCCACGUGUACUUUUCUUGAUGU